AUGAGCAUUGAAGAUGUUAUGCUAGAAGCCUAAAAAGUUGGAUACCAGAUUGAUGAAAAAACAGUGAAACAUAAUUUUGAUUACUUUAAACAUAAUCUAAAUAUGUGUGUGUGUGCACUUUGUUAAUGUGGAAAUUGUUAAUGCAAAAAUCCAAGAUUUCAAUUGUCUACAUCUUAUCGAAAAAGAUCGUUAACUCCAAAGGUAAGCGUAAGAGAUACUCCAAUCACUGUAAGUCGAAGCUUUUACGAGACUUUUGAGAAUUCUUAUCGGUAAAUGUAAGGUUUGCCAAACUAGUUUGUUACAAGCAAUUAAAGGUAAUAUAGAGGAUUCAGUUUAACUGGAACUCCAGUUCGAUCAUCUAAUUCUAGAGUGGCUUAUCAUUCAUCAUUUGAAGGGAGCACCAGAUAUUAAGAGUUCUUUGCAGAUAAGCCUAAAUAAAAGAAUGUGUUAUUCAAAAGACCUUAUGAGAGACAUACGGGUCCUUUAAAAAUAAGAUAAUUGGAAACUCAGAAUUAGAAGGUUUAUUAGAGAUUGAAGAUAGAACCACAGCCUGCUAUUUUUAAGUAAAAUUAGAUGGAUUAAGUAUUAAAAGUAAAUUUAUCAAUUCCAAUGAAAACAAUGUAUUAAUCUUCUUUUCGAGAAAUGCCUGAUUUAACUCAAUCAGUGGAUCGAUAAGAAUGCAAAAAGAGAAAGCAGGAGGAUCUCCAAUGCAUAAAUCAAAUAAUUUUGCCUUUUUAAGCAAAAUCAGUUACAAGCUAAUAGUAUCGACAUCAGCCUUUGUUUGUGUGUCCAGCAAAAUUAUAAAAAUAUUAAUGAAUACUUAUAAUUUUAAUCAAGAGUAAAUCAAGUAAUUUAAAGA